AUGAGCUCCAAACUGCGCUUCGUGGCGCCGGCCGAGCGGCCGCCGUCGUCGGGCCAAAUCUGGCUCCUCGACGAGAAGCAGCUCGAUGACUUUGCGAUCCUCGACACUAAGUCCACCAACCCGCCGCACGAGCUCUUCCACACGCAGAUGCUUCUCGACUUGGACCCGUACGAGACGUCCAGCUACGACAAGGCGAGCGAAAUGGGCGACGACGGCGGCGCGCUCCGCGCCGGCACGGCGCUGCACUUUCUCAGCCUCGAAGCGUUCGCGCUCCUGAGCCAGUACGCGGGCGUUGGCAUCCUCUUCAACACGCUGCCCGCGCUGGCAUACCCCGUGUUUCAAAACUACUUGCACAUGCAAGGCUACCAAGUGUCGUCGUACACGGCGCUCAUCAACCUCGGGUGGUCGUUCAAGAUCUUCUUUGGCAUUCUCUCCGACUGCUUCCCGCUCUUUGGGCUGCAGCGACGCCCGUACAUCAUUCUCGGCUGGACCAUCUGCGCGACGUGCUGCGCGGUCAUGGCGCUGACGCCGUUUGCCAAGCCGUACUACGGCGCGGCCUUCAUUGCGCGGCGUCCACUGGCCAACAUUUCGGAAAGCGAUCAAGCCAAGUACAUGAACCUCGACGCGCCGUCCAGCAGCGGGCUCUUCAUCGUGCUCUCCAUGGUUGCGAGCUUUGGCUACGUCAUGGCCGUCACCGCCUGCGACGCCAUGGCGGUCCAGUACGCUCAGCGCGAAGCCCUCGCGCAGCGCGGUCGCAUGCAGACGACCAUGUAUUUCGUGCGCGACUUUUCUGGUAUGGUGCCCCAGAUUCUGGUCGGGUUUUGCAUGAACAACUACACGUACGGCGGCAGCUUUGACUGGGCGAUUUCACCCAACACCGUAUACGCUCUCCUCGUCUUGCCGUGCGCCGUGUGCAUUGGUACCGCAACCUUUUGGAUGGUCGAAGACAAGGUGGUGGUGUUGCACUUUCGCCUCUACCUCAAGAACCUCUGGGAGCUCCUGCAGCUGCGGGUCAUGUGGCAGUUCUGCGCCUUUCAGCUCCUCAACCAGGCGUGCAUCGCCUUUGACACGACGGUCUCGAGCCCGCUCGCGUCGACGCUGCUGCAUGUGCAACCCGUCGCCGACCAAGCGUUCACUGUCAUUGGCAUUUUCCUCUAUACAGCGACGAUGUUUUCAAUCGGAAAAUUUGCCCUCAACUGGGACUGGCACCACACUGUCAUUCUGCACACACUGCUGCUCGUGGCCAUCGACGCGAGCUGCAAACUCCCGACCGUCUGGGGCUUUGUCCAAAGCGAGUACGUCUACCUCGCCGGCCGCACGUGCCUGCAGCUUCCGACGGCCUUUCUCUUUUUGUUUACGACCUACUGCAUCGUCGAAGUCGCCGACGUCGGCAACGAAGGCGCCGUCUACGCGCUCGUGACAACGUGCGCCAACGUCGCCGUGCCCGUCGCCACCUUUCUCUUCAAGACCGUCGACGCGUUUUUCGAGGUCGAACUCAACGACAUUCAGCGCAACGACAGCGCGGUGCGCUGGCAAAUGACAUACUGCUACCUCAUUGCGUACGCUGUCAAGCUCGCGUCGCUUUUUGGCUCGUCCUCUUGCCGCGCCAGAAAGCCCACCCGCGCCAUGGGCCUCGUCCUUGUGCUUGUCGUCGCUUUUUGUUUGCUGGCCGUCAUUGUCACCAACCUCCUCGCCGUCUUCCCGACCACGUCGUGCCUCCGCAUUGCCGGUGGCCCGGGCUGCCACGCGCCGUCACCUUAA